GCUGUGCUUGCGGUUGUUUGAGGGAGAGUGACCUGCCAGCAGAAGUUUACACUUUCUCUGAAUAGGAACAUUUAAUUUAUGUUUUGGAAGAAAGGGAAUUUUCACACCAUAAUAUUGCCAAAUUUAACAUAUGCCUUUCGUAUGUGUAAUUUAUAUGGAGUAAAUGGAAAUGGACCAGAAGCCAGACUUGGAAGCAACACUUCUGCAGCUUUUGAGAAUAAGCAAAUGAUCACCACUUGAAGUAACAGUAACGUUACUCCUCAUUGAAUGAUACUGACGUGUAUUUGCACAAGCUAACUUGCUAAAUGUAAAGUGGAGUAGCUAGGUGUUAAUAAAAUAUCCAGCCAGUUAGCUAGCUGCCAUGGAUAACUUUUCUAGACCUAGUGGAGAAAUUCAAAGAAAAAACCCACAGCAGGAUUUCGAGCUUAUUCAACGAGUUGGGAGCGGCACAUAUGGAGACGUAUACAAGGCUCGAAACAUCCAAACGGGAGAGCUUGCUGCUGUGAAGAUUAUUAAACUGGAGCCAGGGGAUGACUUCUCCAUCAUCCAGCAGGAGAUCUUCAUGGUGAAGGAAUGCAUGCACCACAACAUAGUGGCCUACUUCGGGAGCUACCUCUGCCGUGACAAGCUGUGGAUCUGUAUGGAGUACUGUGGGGGAGGAUCUCUACAGGACAUAUAUCAUGUGACGGGUCCCCUAUCCGAGCUGCAGAUAGCCUACGUCUGCAGAGAGACCAUACAGGGUUUGGGAUAUCUACACUCCAGGGAAAAAAUGCACCGUGACAUCAAGGGUGCUAAUAUCCUCCUAACAGACAACGGGCAUGUGAAACUAGCUGAUUUUGGAGUAGCAGCCAAAAUAACAGCCACCAUUGCCAAGAGGAAGUCCUUCAUCGGGACUCCUUACUGGAUGGCACCAGAGGUAGCAGCGGUGGAGAAGAACGGAGGUUACAACCAGCUGUGUGACAUCUGGGCCGUGGGCAUCACCUCCAUAGAACUGGCCGAGCUGCAGCCCCCUAUGUUUGACCUGCACCCAAUGAGGGCCUUGUUUCUCAUGUCAAAGAGCAGCUUUCAGCCUCCCAAGCUAAAAGACAAAACAAAAUGGACCACAGCCUUCCAUAACUUUGUUAAAGUCUCGCUGACCAAGAACCCGAAGAAGAGACCGACAGCUGAGAAGCUGUUAACGCAUGUGUUUGUAGGUCAGACAGGGCUGACCAGGAAAGUAGCUGUGGAGCUGUUGGACAAGAUGAACAACCCAGAUAACCACCAACACUUCUCUGAGGUGGACGACGAUGACCUGGAGCCUCUUUCAGCAGUGAGACACACCAUUCGAUCAACCAACAAACACUCCAGAGCAGAGAGAACUCGCUCAGAGAUCAACUUUGAUAAAGUGAAGUUUGAACCUCCGCUGAGGAAGGAAACGGAGGCUCACACUGAAAUGGACGUGACUAAACAGAGCGACUUCCCCUCUCCCUGGAGCCCUUUCGCAGAGGGAGGCAUCUCUACCAGGGGACAUAUGGCCCAUCUGGAGGAUGCCUUUGAAGACGUGGAGCUGUCGACCCUCAAGCAAGGAAUCCCACCUCCUCUACCUCCAAAGCCUCAUCUGAGCAGUUUGUCAGAUGAGCCAGAUUUGAGUGAUGAGAGGUGUCUGACAGUGAGGAGAUUUCCAGGCUCAGAGGACAGCCUGUUCCCCCGGAGACUCAGCACCCCAGAGCAUGGCAACAAGGUGGACCACUCUGGUCCGGACUACCUGUCAGCCAGCGGCAGUAGCCCCAAUCUGCUAUCUACGUCCACAGCCUCAGACCCUGAUCCUGAUGACGGUGUGAACGGAGACAAUCCCAGUACUCGUCCCAGCCGACCACAGAGGACGGAGAAGAAAGACUACCUUAAACCAGCCAUCAACGGCCUGCCGCCCACUCCUAAAGUCCUGAUGGGGGCCUGUUUCUCCAAGGUGUUUGAUGGCUGCCCACUGAAAAUCAACUGUGCCACGUCAUGGAUACACCCUGAUACCAAAGACCAGUACCUUAUAUUUGGGACAGAGGAUGGGAUCUAUACCCUUAACCUGAAUGAGCUGCAUGAAGCCACCAUGGAACAGCUGUUCCCCAGGAAGUGUACCUGGCUCUACAUCAUCAACAACAACCUGAUGUCUCUGUCAGAAGGGAAGACCUUCCAGCUCCACUCGCACAACCUGAUUGGUCUGUUUGAGCAGCUGAAGAAGCCUGGCCUCGCCUCUCAGUUCCACACACACCGCUUCCCAGACAAGAUGUUACCAAGGAGGUUUGCCUUGACAACGAAGAUCUCUGACACAAAGGGCUGUCACAAGUGUUGCAUUGUGAGGAACCCCUAUACAGGCCAUAAGUACCUGUGUGGAGCGCUGCAGUCUGGGAUAGUCCUGCUACAGUGGUAUGAACCCAUGCAGAGGUUCAUGCUUAUCAAGCACUUUGACUUCCCCCUGCCCAGCCCUUUGAAGGUGUUUGAGAUGUUGGUGGUUCCAGAGCAGGAGUACCCCAUGGUGUGCAUAGCGGUCAGCCAGGCCACGGAGCCAGGCCAGGUGGUCCGCUUUGAGACCAUCAACCUCAACUCCUGCUCUUCCUGGUUCACUGAGAUGGGAUCAACUGGUCAAGCAGUGGACGCCAUCCAUGUGACCCAGCUGGAGAGGGACACGGUGCUAGUGUGCCUGGACAAAAACCUCAAGAUUGUUAACCUCCAGGGAAGACUGAAGUCCAACAAGAAGCUAGCCUCAGAGCUCAGCUUUGACUUCACCAUUGGAUCCGUUGUGUGCCUUCAGGACAGUGUUCUAGCUUUCUGGAAGCACGGCAUGCAGGGAAAGAGCUUCAAGUCCAACGAGGUCACCCAGGAGAUUUCUGAUCCCAGCAGAGUCUUCCGCCUCCUAGGAUCUGACAGGGUGGUGGUUCUGGAGAGCCGGCCCACUGACAACCCCACAGCCCUCAGCAACCUCUACAUCCUGGCCGGACAUGAGAACAGUUACUAGCCCUGACCCCAGCCCGGUUACUGAGAACAGUUAUUAGCCCUGACCCCAGCCCUGUUACUGAGAACAGUUACUAGCCCUGACCCCAGCCCGGUUACUGAGAACAGUUACUAGCCCUGACCCCAGCCCUGUUACUGAGAACAGUUACUAGCCCUGACCCCAGCCCUGUUACUGAGAACAGUUACUAGCCCUGACCCCAGCCCUGUUACUGAGAACAGUUACUAGCCCUGACCCCAGCCCUGUUACUGAGAACAGUUACUAGCCCUGACCCCAGCCCUGUCCCUGUUACUGAGAACAGUUACUAGCCCUGACCCCAGCCCUGUCCCUGUUACUGAGAACAGUUACUAGCCCUGACCCCAGCCCUGUCCCUGUUACUGAGAACAGUUACUAGACCUGACCCCAGCCCUGUUGCUGAGAACAGUUACUAGCCCUGACCCCGUUACUGAGAACAGUUACUAGCCCUGACCUCAGCCCUGUCCCUGUUACUGAGAACAGUUACUAGCCCACAGUUGCUAAAGCUGUCUGGCCCAAAGACAGGUCCCCUGUUACUAGCCCUCUCUGGCUCAGCCUCUCUGAUCACCGGUAACCCUUCACUCAGCCUCUCUGAUCACCGGUAACCCUUCACUCAGCCUCUCUGAUCACCAGUAACCCUUCACUCAGCCUCUCUGAUCACCGGUAACCCUUCACUCAGCCUCUCUGAUCACCAGUAACCCUUCACUCAGCCUCUCUGAUCACCAGUAACCCUUCACUCAGCCUCUCUGAUCACCGGUAACCCUUCACUCAGCCUCUCUGAUCACCGGUAACCCUUCACUCAGCCUCUCUGAUCACCUCCUCUCAUCCAGCCCCGUUCACCACCACCUCUCCUCCAGCCCCGUUCACCACCACCUCUCCUCCAGCCCCGUUCACCACCACCUCUCCUCCAGCCCCGUUCACCACCUCCUCUCCUCCAGCCCCGUUCACCACCUCCUCUCCUCCAGCCCCGUUCACCACCUCCUCUCCUCCAGCCCCGUUCACCACCUCCUCUCCUCCAGCCCCGUUCACCACCUCUCCAGCCCCGUUCACCACCUCUCCAGCCCCGUUCACCACCUCUCCAGCCCCGUUCACCACCUCUCCAGCCCCGUUCACCACCUCUCCAGCCCCGUUCACCACCUCUCCAGCCCCGUUCACCACCUCUCUCCUCCAGCCCCGUUCACCACCUCUCUCCUCCAGCCCCGUUCACCACCUCUCCAGCCCCGUUCACCACCUCUCCAGCCCCGUUCACCACCUCUCCAGCCCCGUUCACCACCUCUCCAGCCCCGUUCACCACCUCUCCAGCCCUGAGUCCUCUGCUCACAAUGGGCUAAAAACCGAUCGACUGGUAGAGCAGAAUGUAGGCAGGAAAGGUUCAGACCAAUGGACAGUCUUACUCUGGAGCUUCCACUUCCUCUCUCACUUCCUCUCUGUCGCAAGCAGCGGACUGUCGCAAGCAGCGGACUGUCGCAAGCAGCGGACUGUCGCAAGCAGCGGACUGUCGCAAGCAGCGGACUGUCGCAAGCAGCGGACUGUCGCAAGCAGCGGACUGUCGCAAGCAGCGGACUGUCGCAAGCAGCGGACUGUCGCAAGCAGCUGACUGUCACAGGUCUGGUUGCCGACUAGCUCUGGUCUAAGACGAUAGUGCGGCUUGCUAACCCUGAGCCUUAACUAGCGGUUGAUUUCCAGCUCUAGUUUGAACUAAUAUAGAAUGGUUCACAAAGAAAAUAAUUUCAACUUUUAUUUAUUCAUCUCGAAGCAAUAUUCGGGUAUGUUGGAUUUACUAGCCGUGAGGGAUAGUUCAGUUUUGAUGUUAUUUUCAAUACACUUGAGGUCGUUGUCGUUUCAUCCAGAGGUUUUGACAGUUGGUCAAUCUGCCUUGCAUCGUUGAGUUCUUUUACUUCAUUAGACAUCUGAUGUCAUCUACGUCCCAAAUGGAACACUUCCCUGGGGCUCUGGUCAAAUCCUAUCUAGGGUUCGGAGGUCAUCACAACUAAUGUUUUGGUUACAGUCAAGUGAUUCAAUGUCAGGAAUGGCUACGGUUUCAUCAACCAUGAAACCAACCAGGUUAUAGAGGAAAUUAACCCAAGGAUUCUUGCCAGAUUUAAAGGGGUUUUUCAUGGCAUGAUGUCACUGUCAGACUGAUGUUAAUAGCAGACACAUUUUAAAAACUUUUAAGAUGACACAAGAUAAAGGUUGACAUUUGAAGUUGAAAAUAAGAGAACUUUGAAAGCGUGAACUGUCCCCUUUAAGCAGAGAGAGACAGGGUGAACUGUCCCCUUUAAGCAGAGAGAGACGGGGUGAACUGUCCCCUUUAAGCAGAGAGAGACAGGGUGAACUGUCCCCUUUAAGCAGAGAGAGACAGGGUGAACUGUCCCCUUUAAGCAGAGAGAGACGGGGUGAACUGUCCCCUUUAAGCAGAGAGAGACGGGGUGAACUGUCCCCUUUAAGCAGAGAGAGACGGGGUGAACUGUCCCCUUUAAGCAGAGAGAGACAGGGUGAACUGUCCCCUUUAAGCAGAGAGAGACAGGGUGAACUGUCCCCUUUAAGCAGAGAGAGACAGGGUGGACUGUCCCCUUUAAGCAGAGAGAGACACUGUUGCUGUAGUCAUGCUGACAGUGGGAUCCAGCUCAGCCAGGCCAGGGAUGACCUUAGCCUGGGUGCCGGUCGGGUUUUUGCUCUCUUGCCAACUCUUUAUGGGAUUGUCAUGCUUGGAGUUGGCAAGAGAGCAGAAACAGACUGGCAUCCAGGCUAGGCUGAACUACCUUCCCUAUCCAGAGGUUGCUAUGCAGCUUUGGGUUACUGAUAUGCAAGGAAGUUUGUGUCUGAAAUGGCACCCUAUUCCCUAUAUAGUGCACGGCCCCUGGUCAAAAGUAGUGCACUAAAUAGGGAAUAGGGUGCCAUUUGGUCACACUCUCAUAGUCCUCUCUCUCUCCCGCUUGGUUGCAUUUUAGAAAGUAGACUAUAGUGUAAAAUGUAGGGGGGGUUUUCCUUCAUUUUUUUUUUUUAACUACUUGUAUUCAAUAUUUGCACCAUGUAAGCACUUUUGUACAUUUUCUGUUUUUUAUUUAAAUGACAAAAAAGGGAAAUGCUUUAGUUUUCGUAACAUUAUUGGCAUUCCCUUUGCAAAACUUUUAAUGUAUGUAGUUUUUGUAAUAAAGAAAGCUAUUGUUAACAAUA